AUGAACUCAACUGCAGGUAAACGAGAAGAUGCUAUUAACUAUGCAAAUAAUAUGCUACGGACAUCAAUACAAAAAUAUGAUGAGAGCAAAAUGACUACUAACACUACUGAACGAGCAGCCAGAAAGAAAAUUAAAAGAAAAAAGGCAAAUAGAAGAGGAUGGGCUAGAAUAUAAAUCUAUUAUAAGAAAGUUUGAAUUAAAUUUUAAAGACAUUGCAGGAG